AGAAUACAGUCUCCGGCUGGACCGACACGCUCUGAGGAACUGGCAGGACAGGCGCUGCUUCCCACUUCAGAGUCCAAAGGCCUGGCUGGUGUGGCUUAUUGGGCAAAUCUUGCUCACACCCCGCAGGGCAAAGGAAGAAAACCAGAGGAGCCAGAUGCCUCAGGUGACUGGAGACAGCUGGUGACAGGACGGGAGGUUCUGCUCUGGCACGUGGCCACCAACACCUAGUUAGGAAGUCCGUGACUCCAACAACAGCUCGGGGAGAACCCGAUGGCUCCCGUGAGGCAAGCCGCAAGGAUGAGGCUGCCCAAGCUGCUGAUUUUCCUGGCUUACUGGGGAGUCGCCAGGGCUGGAACAGGGAAGUUCUGGCAUGUCUCUGACCUGCACCUUGACCCCAACUACAAGGUAUCCGAAGACCCCCUCCAGGUGUGCCCAUCUGCCAGCUCCCAGCCAGUGCCCAGCGCGGGCCCCUGGGGCGACUACCUCUGCGAUUCUCCCUGGGUCCUCAUCAACUCCUCCAUCUACGCCAUGAAGGAGAUCGAGCCGGAGCCGGACUUCAUCCUCUGGACUGGUGAUGACACGCCGCAUGUGCCCGAUGAAAAGCUGGGAGAGGAGGCCGUGCUGGAAAUUGUGGCGCGUCUGACUGAGCUCAUCAGAGAGGUCUUUCCAGAUACAAAAGUCUAUGCUGCUUUGGGAAAUCAUGACUUUCACCCCAAAAACCAGCUCCCAGCCAGGAGCAACAAUAUCUACAAUCAGGUAGCAGAGCUCUGGAGACCCUGGCUCAGUAACGAAUCCAUCGCUCUCUUCAAAGAAGGUGCCUUCUAUUCUGAGAAACUGCUGGGGCCGAGUGGGGCUGGGCGAAUUGUGGUCCUCAACACCAAUCUGUACUAUAGCAACAAUGAGCAGACAGCCGGCAUAGCCGACCCCGGCCAGCAGUUCCGGUGGCUGGAAGAUGUGCUGACCGAUGCGUCCCGAGCAGGGGAAAUGGUGUACAUUAUUGGUCACGUGCCCCCGGGGUUCUUUGAGAAGACUCGGAACAAAGCAUGGUUCCGGGAGGGCUUCAACGAGGAGUACCUGAAGGUGGUCCGGAAACACCACCAAGUCAUCGCGGGGCAGUUCUUUGGGCACCACCACACCGACAGCUUUCGGAUGUUCUACAAUGAUGCAGGUGCCCCCAUCAGUGUCAUGUUCCUUACACCUGGGGUCACUCCAUGGAAAACCACCUUGCCUGGAGUGGUCAACGGAGCCAACAAUCCAGGCAUCCGGCUGUUUGAAUAUGACCAAGCCACACUGAACCUGCAGCUAUCUGCCUGCUCUAACAGAAUCACUGCAGGAGGAGUGGAUUUCAGAGCGAAGAUCAGAAGACUUUCCUGUUCACUUUGGGAUGUCUGAAUGGCAUCCAAGUGAAAAUGCUGAGGGAGGAGGCAGCUGGGUGUUCAAGUUGGAGUUCUAGGAAGAUGUGGGCAUAAAGAUUAAAUCUGGGAGUUGAGAAAGGACAUUUAAAACCAGGGACUGCUGGAGAUAUCCUAGAUCCCUGACUCUAGAGUAAAUGUAGAUGGAGAAGAAGUCUGAGGAUUUUUAAGAGCAUGGUCUGUUGUUUACAUGGGUUGGUGGAUCAUAGGCUCUGGGGAAGACUCAAUGAAAUAACAGAAUGUUCCUGGCAGGUAGUUGCUAUCCAUACAUGGCAGAUCCCCCAAUCCCCUCUCUCCUGAUCUGAAGCAGAUCCAUAAAUUUAAGUGGAAAAUGUUGGACAGAUAAACCCCCUCCAUAUUUAAGUCCUCAAAAUGCACCUGAGUCCUAGAGGGCCUCAACCACAAUUCUCUAACCUCUCUUAGCCAGGUUCUCCAUCCCACUACUUUUAAGUAGCUUUUUAUCCAUUCACUCGCUAAAUAUUUAUUGAGAAUCUUCUGUGUACCCAGAAUCUUGAUGGAACAAAAUGCACAGGCCAUGGGGUAAGCAACCUGGGUUCCAAUCCUGCCUCAGCCACUGAACACCUGUGGGACCCUGGCCAAAUGAAUUAACCUCUUUAGGACUCAGUUUCCUCAUCUGUGAAAUGGGAAUAACUGCAGUUACCUCAUCAGAUUCAAUCAGAGGAUAUCUGCCAAGCAUACCCUUACAGUAGUAAAUGCUCAAUAACUAACAGGGGUCAUGAUGACGACUGUUUAGAAUCUAGGGGCAAAUACAGGCUG